AUGGGUUGUGCAAGCAGUCAAGCAAUUUAAUAAGAAUAAUAUGCUUAUGAACAUAAGGAUGAUGUGUAUAAGGUAUUGGCUUCAUCAAAACUUAUUGAUGAAUAAUUACUCAAGAGGAUAAUUACUGUUUUCAAAAAGGAGAAAAUCACAAAUUGUCUAGAUUUUCUUUCAAAAGAAUGUAAACUAAAAAAAUAGGAAUAAUCUAACAUUAAGUUUAUAACCGAUCUUAUGAAAAAUUUAUCUGAGCUCGAUUUUUGCAAAGAAAAUAUUUCUGCCGAUGAUUAGUAAAAACAGAGAGAGGAUCUAAUCACAUAAAUAUCUGAUGAUAAAAAAAUCAUUGAAUUUUUAAAAUUUCUUGUUUUACUUACAGCUUUAGAUGAGAAAUUUAUAUAAUGUGGAUCCAAUUCCCUCAAAUUAUUAAUUGAAAUGAGGAUAGAUUUGAAGUAACAAAACUUUGAAAAUAUCAACAUUCAAAAUACUUCAUUGAUUGGCGGAAAUUUUGCGAGUUGUAAUUUGAAUGGAUCUGUAUUGAAUAACGUCGACAUAAGCGGCGUAAAUUUAAAUUGUGCUUAGAUGUUUAAUUGUUAAUGGAAGAAUCUUAAGAUUAACGAAUUAAAAAUGUUAAACGGUCAUCAAAGUGGAGUCCUAUCUGUUUGCUUCUCUCCUGAUGGUUCUAUAUUAGCUUCUGGUGGUUAUGAUUGCGAUAUUCGUUUAUGGGAUGUUAAGACAGGAUAAUAAAAAGCCAUAUUAGAUGGUCAUUCACAUUGGGUUGAUUCAGUCAAUUUCUCUCCUGAUGGUACUACAUUAGCAUCAUGUAGUUGGGAUAAGUCUAUCCGUUUAUGGGAUGUUAGGACAGGAUAAUAAAAAGCCAAAUUAGAUGGUCAUUCAGAUUAUGUAAGAACAAUUUGUUACUCUCCUGAUGGUACUACAUUAGCAUCUGGUAGCGAUGAUAAAUCAAUCUGUUUAUGGGAUACUAAGACAGGAUUACAAAAGAUCAAAUUAGAUGGUUUGAGUGAUGAAAUCUGCUCAAUCUGCUUCUCUCCAGAUGGACUUAUAUUAGCUGCUGGUACUGGAAGCAUAUUAAGUCAUGAUAAUUCUAUCAUUUUAUGGGACGCGAAGACAGGAUAAUAAAAAGUUAAGUUUUGUGGACAUUAAAGCGCUGUCAAAUCUAUAUGCUUUUCUCCUGAUGGAACUAUGAUCGCAUCUGGGAGUGCAGAUAAGUCUAUCAUUUUGUGGGAUAUUUUGACCGGAAUACAGUUAACAAAAUUUAAGGGUAUUGAUGAAGUGGAUACAAUCUCUUUCUCUCCUGAUGGAACAUUAUUAGCAACUGGAAUGAAUUCAUACAUUUAUUUAUGGGAUGUUAGGACUGGACAAUAAAAAGCUAUUUUUUCUGGUCAUUCUUAUUGUGUAUCUUCUGUCUGCUUCUCUCCUGAUGACACUAUUUUAGCAUCUGGGAGUGUAGAUAAUUCUAUCCGUUUAUGGGAUUUUAGGGCUGGAUAAUCGGAGGCUAAAUUUGAUGGUCAUAGUAAGGCUGUAAACACAGUUUGCUUCUCACCUGAAGGUACACUAUUAGCAUCAGGUAGUGAUGAUAAAUCAAUCCGUUUAUGGGAUGUUAAGACAGGACAAUAAAAGGCCAAGUUAAAUGGUCAUAAUAGCUGGGUCUUGUAAGUGUGCUUCUCUCCUGAUGGUACCAUUUUAGCAUCUGCCAGUCAUGAUUAAUCAAUCCUUUUAUGGGAUGUUAAGACAGGAUAAAAGAAUGCUUAAUUAAUUGGACAUAAUGCUUAAGUCAACACGGUAUGUUUUUCACCUGAUGGUACAACAUUAGCAUCUGGUAGUGGAUAUGAAUGUGUAAAAAGUGAUGAAUACUCUAUCCGUUUAUGGGAUGUUGAGACAAAACGAUAAAAGGCUUAGUUAUUUGGUCAUGAUAGUACUAUCUUGUAAGUAUGCUUCUCUCCUGAUGGUGCACUAUNAUAAAAUUAGAGAUAUUUAGGUUUAUUCAUCUUACAUCCUUGGAUAAACUCAACCCUUUGUGUAGGGCUUAUCAUAUGCCAGUUUAACAAACCCCUUACUAUUGUUAAUUAGCUAAUACGAUACUUUUUGAUAAAGUAAUUUAUACAAUAAUAUUAAUAAUUAUUUUUCAAUGGGUUGUGCAAGCAGUCAAGCAAUUUAAUAAGAAUAAUAUGCUUAUGAACAUAAGGAUGAUGUGUAUAAGGUAUUGGCUUCAUCAAAACUUAUUGAUGAAUAAUUACUCAAGAGGAUAAUUACUGUUUUCAAAAAGGAGAAAAUCACAAAUUGUCUAGAUUUUCUUUCAAAAGAAUGUAAACUAAAAAAAUAGGAAUAAUCUAACAUUAAGUUUAUAACCGAUCUUAUGAAAAAUUUAUCUGAGCUCGAUUUUUGCAAAGAAAAUAUUUCUGCCGAUGAUUAGUAAAAACAGAGAGAGGAUCUAAUCACAUAAAUAUCUGAUGAUAAAAAAAUCAUUGAAUUUUUAAAAUUUCUUGUUUUACUUACAGCUUUAGAUGAGAAAUUUAUAUAAUGUGGAUCCAAUUCCCUCAAAUUAUUAAUUGAAAUGAGGAUAGAUUUGAAGUAACAAAACUUUGAAAAUAUCAACAUUCAAAAUACUUCAUUGAUUGGCGGAAAUUUUGCGAGUUGUAAUUUGAAUGGAUCUGUAUUGAAUAACGUCGACAUAAGCGGCGUAAAUUUAAAUUGUGCUUAGAUGUUUAAUUGUUAAUGGAAGAAUCUUAAGAUUAACGAAUUAAAAAUGUUAAACGGUCAUCAAAGUGGAGUCCUAUCUGUUUGCUUCUCUCCUGAUGGUUCUAUAUUAGCUUCUGGUGGUUAUGAUUGCGAUAUUCGUUUAUGGGAUGUUAAGACAGGAUAAUAAAAAGCCAUAUUAGAUGGUCAUUCACAUUGGGUUGAUUCAGUCAAUUUCUCUCCUGAUGGUACUACAUUAGCAUCAUGUAGUUGGGAUAAGUCUAUCCGUUUAUGGGAUGUUAGGACAGGAUAAUAAAAAGCCAAAUUAGAUGGUCAUUCAGAUUAUGUAAGAACAAUUUGUUACUCUCCUGAUGGUACUACAUUAGCAUCUGGUAGCGAUGAUAAAUCAAUCUGUUUAUGGGAUACUAAGACAGGAUUACAAAAGAUCAAAUUAGAUGGUUUGAGUGAUGAAAUCUGCUCAAUCUGCUUCUCUCCAGAUGGACUUAUAUUAGCUGCUGGUACUGGAAGCAUAUUAAGUCAUGAUAAUUCUAUCAUUUUAUGGGACGCGAAGACAGGAUAAUAAAAAGUUAAGUUUUGUGGACAUUAAAGCGCUGUCAAAUCUAUAUGCUUUUCUCCUGAUGGAACUAUGAUCGCAUCUGGGAGUGCAGAUAAGUCUAUCAUUUUGUGGGAUAUUUUGACCGGAAUACAGUUAACAAAAUUUAAGGGUAUUGAUGAAGUGGAUACAAUCUCUUUCUCUCCUGAUGGAACAUUAUUAGCAACUGGAAUGAAUUCAUACAUUUAUUUAUGGGAUGUUAGGACUGGACAAUAAAAAGCUAUUUUUUCUGGUCAUUCUUAUUGUGUAUCUUCUGUCUGCUUCUCUCCUGAUGACACUAUUUUAGCAUCUGGGAGUGUAGAUAAUUCUAUCCGUUUAUGGGAUUUUAGGGCUGGAUAAUCGGAGGCUAAAUUUGAUGGUCAUAGUAAGGCUGUAAACACAGUUUGCUUCUCACCUGAAGGUACACUAUUAGCAUCAGGUAGUGAUGAUAAAUCAAUCCGUUUAUGGGAUGUUAAGACAGGACAAUAAAAGGCCAAGUUAAAUGGUCAUAAUAGCUGGGUCUUGUAAGUGUGCUUCUCUCCUGAUGGUACCAUUUUAGCAUCUGCCAGUCAUGAUUAAUCAAUCCUUUUAUGGGAUGUUAAGACAGGAUAAAAGAAUGCUUAAUUAAUUGGACAUAAUGCUUAAGUCAACACGGUAUGUUUUUCACCUGAUGGUACAACAUUAGCAUCUGGUAGUGGAUAUGAAUGUGUAAAAAGUGAUGAAUACUCUAUCCGUUUAUGGGAUGUUGAGACAAAACGAUAAAAGGCUUAGUUAUUUGGUCAUGAUAGUACUAUCUUGUAAGUAUGCUUCUCUCCUGAUGGUGCACUAUUAGCAUCUGGUAGUCAUGAUGAAUCAAUCCGUAUAUGGGAUAUUUAGACGGGAAAAUAAAAGAUCAAGCUAGAUGGUCAUACAGAUUGGGUCUACUCAAUAUGUUUCUCUCCUGAUAGUACUACUUUAGCAUCUUGUAGUUCUGAUCAAUCUAUCUUUUUAUGGGAUAUUGUGACAGGACAAUAAAAGGUUUAGUUAUUUGGUCAUUCACAAAAAAUUUUAUCAGUCAACUUCUCUCCUGACGGAAAUACAGUUGCAUCUGCUUGUUAUGAUAGGUCUUAUGGAAUGUUAAGACUGGAAAAUAAAAGGCCCAGUUAGAUGGCCAUCUCGGAGAGGUUAAUUCAAUUUGCUUCUCUCCCGACGGUACUACUUUAGCGUCUUGCAGUGCAGAUCACUCUAUCCGUUUAUGGGAUGUUAAGACAGAACUAUAGAGGGCCAAAUAAGAGCUCCAACCAGUAUUAGAAGGUAGUGCUACUUAUAAUAUUACAACACUUGUUAUCUCUUCAAAUCAAAUUUUAGAAGCAUAAGGCUCUUUAAUUCUGAAAGGAGAAUUUGUCAACUAUUAAGGAGUAGAUUUACUACCAUUAUUCAAAUCUAAAGGAAGUUGUAUUUUGGAAUGUUAAUGA